CCGCAGCACAGUUCGAGCCGUUGCAGCUUUCACUUGCCAACAAAAAACGGACGACGAAACAAACGCGCAACUGCAACUGCAACAAGUGUAAAUACCACAAGUUUUAACAGUUACAACCAUACUCCUUGCAAGUGAAUCUGCAAUCAAUUGACGCGUAACAAAAUGAAACUGUUUAUACUUAUUUCACUGAUUGCGGUUUCGUGCCACGCCCAACAUCAUAAUCAGCAUCAGCACCACUCACAUCCAAAUGUGAAUAACAUACCUCGCGAUGAGAAAGCUCUUCAUCGGCAUGAGGAUCUACGCGAGACGAGCACCUGGAUACCGAUACUGAAGUACAACAAGGAGCAGAGCGAGGAUGGCAGCUACAAAACCGAAUACGAGACCGGCAAUCACAUUGUGCACGAGGAGACCGGUUUCCUUAAGGAUUUCGAUACAAAUCCCAAUGGGGUGUUGGUGCAGCAUGGCCAGUACUCGUACCAAUCGCCAGAGGGCACCGUGGUUAACGUGCAGUACACUGCCGAUGAGAAUGGUUUUCGUGCCACUGGGGAUCACAUUCCCACACCACCAACCAUACCCGAGGAAAUACAAAAGGGACUCGAUCAGAUCUAUGCUGGCAUCAAGCUGCAACAGGAGCGCCUAGAGCAGCGGGCCAAGAGCGAUCCCACAUUUGCCAAGAAGCUGGAAGAGCGGCGCAUUGCCAAUCAGAAUGGCCAAUACAUUGGUUUGCUGGAGAAUCAAUAAGAGAGUCAGCUCAAACGUAGCCUCUAAGCCAGUUGAAACUGCUGCAUUUUUGAUAUUUUUCUAAAUUAUUAACUACUUGUUCCCCGUUUAUAAUCAUAACCAACAGAAAGACUGUGAUUUCUGCAAAAAAAAUAUCUAUCUCCCAAAUAUUAAUGAAGAAUACUUAAAAAAAACAAUUGAAGAUACACAGUAAACGUAUUUAUGUUAACGAUCGCAAUCGUGAAAGUUUUGUUGAGCAUAAUAAUAAAAAGAAAUAAUCAUAAUAAAAGCGGAAAAACAAUAUUUCCAUCAUGCCAAUCACA